CGGUAUCACAAGUUGACUUGACCAGCAUGUUACGAGUGGAGCGGCUUGUGCAGCGCCUACAGGCUCUUGGCCCCGUCGGCCAGCGCCGCGGUGUGCUAACCAUCAAGAAGUUUACGCGUCCUGAAAUUUCACUCAAGCAGACCAAACCCAGGGUAGGUGCUGUCGUUUCCGACAGCAUUAAGGCCACCUUAGGCGAUGUAAAGACCGCUGGUGGUUCAUCUACAGUGCGGCUGGCCAAGCGCAUCGCUAUGUCGGGCCUGUGCUCUCGCCGGGAGGCCGAGAAACGCAUCCAGAGCUUUGAUGUGACGGUGAACGGACACGUAGUGGCCGAUGUGGCUACGACGGUGGACGUGGACAAGGACGUAGUGGCGGUGGACGGCCGUGUGCUGACCAAGACGCAGAAGAUUAAAGUCUGGAUGGCCAACAAGAUGAAGGGAGAACUGGUUACCAACAGCGACCCACAGGGCCGAGCCACGAUCUUCGACCGACUGCGGGUUAUGGGCCUCACGCAGCACAUGAUGCCGGUGGGCCGACUUGACUUCAACACUGAGGGAUUACUGCUCUUCACCAACGACGGAGACUAUGCGAGGGGGCUGGAACACCCCAAGACGGGCGUCACUCGCGUAUACCGUGCACUGGUACGCGGCAACGUGGCCGAGUCCAAACUGCAGGAACUGAAGCGAGGGCCACUGGUGGACGGCGUCAAGUAUCGACCCAUCAAAGUGACGGUACAGUCCACCGACAAGAAGGACUCGUGGCUGCAGGUCAAGGUCACGGAGGGCAAGAACCGCGAGGUCCGAAAGGCUCUGGCUCAUGUGCGAUUGGUGGUCAAGCGGUUGAUUCGCGUUCAGUAUGGGCCUUACCGGCUCGCUGAUCUCCCGUCCGGUGCUGUGCUGGAAGUACGCGCCAAGUCUUUAGAGAAGAAACAGUAUCGGAAGCGUGACGAUGACAAGCAACGAUAAUGCGUCGUCUUAUCGUUGGGAGGUUUGUGACUAAAAGGUAGUACUUUGCAUUGAAACCUCAAACACUCUCCACUCUAUUGCGUACACUGAUUCCUCUCGACUGUCGAGAGCUUUUUACUUGGUUUGCCUUAGCUGUUUGCUUAAGGUUCAUAUACCCUGAUUAUGUGGGUGAACAAUUAUGUCUUCUUGUCUACAGUUCAAACGACUCCCGUUCACUGCUGAUAUUAUCGCUGUCAAGUGAUGCAGUGGUGUAUCGGUCGUUGUCGCUCGGGGACUCAAUGACGCGAUACCAGUCUGGGACGUCCGUGCGUGAGGUGGUGGCAGCGGCGGUCUCUGUAUUGGACGUUUGAGUGAGAUCUGGAUUGACAAACGACACUUUAGUGUGCUUCCUUGCCGCGAUUGACGAAGCAGUCGACGAUGUGGACGAAAAGCGGUGUCUGUCGAGACUAUUGGGAGCCUGGCGCUGGAACCAGCCGGAGUUGCUGCGUCCGACUUCACUGGAGAGCCGAGACGACAUCGAGUAUCUGUCGCUCGUGGAAUACCCGUCGUUGGUUGAGUAUCGAUCGUUGGUUAUGACGGACGCCUCGGAGUCGCCUUCAUGAUGCAGCGAGAACUCGGAGUAGCCACGGAUACUGAAACUCCGUUCGGAAGACGCGUUGGUCUCUCGGUUUGCCUGGUUCGGCUUCGUGCUGUGAGCUGGGGGAUUGGCGAUCUGCGAGAUUCGGUUAGCCAUAUCGAAUUCUGCAGAUGAUCGUGUGGUGGCAUUCAUCUUGGCGCGGGUGUUCGCGGCCAGCGGCAUUUGAGGCGGGUAACUCGACUCUUUAGCCUUCCAGGCAGCAGCAUUCGCUGAGGCGGCCGAGGCAGGUGGAGACGUGAUCGCGGUAGUGUCGGGAGCGAUAGGCGUGCCGAGCUCCAGGUCGUCACGUCUCUGAUGCCUCCACAAGACGAAGAGUAGACUCAAGAUGACGGUCAAGCCAACUCCUCCGAGCACACAGAUGACCAUCAUCUUGGUGGAGGACAUUCCGUUCAGAGUUCCGGUCUUGUGCUCCUCCAAAACGCUCCGUGAGGACGAAGAUAGGGAAGACGCACUCGCGCUACUCCCAUCGUCAUUGCCUCGCAAGUUCUGUGGAGACGUCGUGUCAUGUAGUAUCGGCACACUGGAUUCGGACACGGUGGACGGCGUCGCUGUAGGUGUCGACGUGGUUGGAGGAUCCGUACUUACUGGAGCUGGCGUCUCGGUAGCUGCGUCCGUCGCAACGGGAGCCGGCGUCGACACUGGAGUGCUAGUGGUGGAAGCUUCCGUCACGGCGGGGACUGUGACAGCUUCUGUAGCUACUGGCGGCGUCGUCACCGCUUCCGUGACGACCGGAGCGGCUGUAGUGACUAUCGGAGCUGCUGGACCCGUCACCGGUGGUGCUGUGGUAUCUACUGGGGUUGCCGUAUCAACUGCCGGCGCCGUCACCUCUGGAUUCGCCGCGGUUACGGUGCCAGCGUCCUGUGCUUGAAUGCCAGUUGACGAGAUCAUCACGAGCACCAUUGCUGCUACAGACACUUUCCAUCGUGCAAGUUGAACCAUCUUUCGUUCCUGUUCGCUCUUCUUGGUGAAGUGAGAUCAAUGGAGCAAAACGGACAGUGCUGUCUGUCGUACAACUCACUCGAACAAACACGAAAAAACGUAGAGCUUCUCGUCGAAGCCCCAGAACGCUAUUGGCACCAGAGAAAGCCAGCCGUGCGUGGGACGAAGUUCCAUAGGAAGACGUGAGUGCCAUGUUCGUAACGUCAAAUUUGCUCGAGUAACCUCAACGCAACCGACCACAAAGCCUGUUCGUGACGGGCAAUAAGUCGCUAAAAAGACAUGGAUACAGUCGCGCGUCGGCAGGUACAGAUCCAGAACGCGCUGCAGUAUGUGCGGCUCGAAGAUUCCACUGCGUUGAACACGGGCUUUAGUGCUCUAGUCCUGCAUUGAUCGACUAUAAUAAAAUAGAGCUGUAAUACCAGAUAGAGAUGGAUCUCUAGAUCCUUCUCGUGAGCUCCAUCACUGCGAUCGUACAGAGUUGCAUCGCAGCUCCAGUCCUCGCUUCAAACUGCGAUAAC